CUGAGCUCUUUAAUGCUAUGAUGUUCUGAUGAUGAUAUAACAAUACAGAGAAGUAAUUCUCUAGUAAGUACUGUAGCAGCAGAAUAAUUUAGUGUGAGUCGUCAGGCAAGCACAGAUGGGCCUUCACACAGAUUAACCACAUUGCACUUGUAAUAACUCGAUCAUAACUGUACUGCAGUAUCGUUUUAAAUCCCUAGAUGGCAGUCUUGUUAAAUAAUCCGUGUUUCCAGGGGACUGUGGGCCUGUAGGGGUUACCAUUGACAGUAGGGUUUAACCAUAUGUUUCUUCCAUAGACCGCGUUUAAGCGCUACGGCUCAUCAACUCCCGAAGGACCAUGGUAGUUGAAGUCCAUAUGCUAAACAGUGGGCGUAGUCUUUCAUCAAAUCGUAAUGGGGGAAAAACUACAUCUCCCAUGGCGCACAAUUGUAGACCUGAAACGCACCGUAUUCCAAAUCGACGAUCUCCGUUUAUUUAAUUUCCUCUAGUGGCAUGACGUAGGUGGGGGAGGAAGAUAGAGAUCGACUAUGGAACGAGCUGAAGAUGCAAUCUUAUAACGGUACCGGCUGAUAGAUAGCUGAACUUUUUGUUCACAUCAAAAAAAGUGGAGGUCCCGACGAGACAGACAAAAACACAGCCAUGCAGUUCAAAUACAGAAGGCACUGAUUUAUUUGUAUAGGAUAUUUUUCUGUGCUCCUUCAAGGGCUGGGUCCGUUAUCGCUGUUGUUGGCGGAACCGGCUGGCCAAGAUGUCUGUGGAGGAACAGGAAUAUCCCGAGGCGACUCUGGUGGCAGAGGCCGGGCCGCAGUGGUUUCGGGCGGAAUUAGAGCGCCUAUCCCGGGAGCUGAGCGAGACGACUCAUGAGAAGAUCCAGGCGGCGGAAUACGGGCUGGCGGUGCUCGAAGAGAAGCAACAACUCAAACAGCGUUAUGACGAGUUGGAGACCGAGUUCGAGACUGUUCGGCAGGAACUCGACCAACUGAAGGAGGCAUUCGGCCAGGCCUACUCCACCCAUAGGAAGGUGGCUGCAGAUGGGGAGAGCAGGGAGGAGUCACUAAUGCUGGAGUCAGCCAGUAAGGAGGCCCACUACCAGCAGAUGGUCCUGGAGCUGCAGAACGAGCUGCGGUUGGCCAGGACUGCCCUCACCAGCAACCAAUCAGAGAAUGAGCGCCUGGCCUCCGUUGCCCUGGAGAUGAGAGAGAGUUCUGAGCUGGUGGAGCUGCAGCGCAGCCAACUGCGUGAUGACAUCAGAGAGUAUAAGGUGCGAGAGGCACGCCUGCUGCAGGACUAUAGUGAGCUGGAGGACGAGAACAUCUCCCUGCAGAAACAGGUGUCCCUGCUCCGACAGAGCCAGGUGGAGUUUGAGGGUCUGAAGCAUGAGAUCUGUCGUCUGGAGGAGGACUCCCAGUGCCUCCACAGCCAGUUGGAGGAGGCCAUGCGCCUGCGGGAGAUCGCCGAGCGCCAGCUGACCGAGGCUCUGGAGACCAUUAAGACUGAGCGCGAGCAGAAGGCCGCCCUGCGUAAAGAACUGUCCCACUACAUGACAAUUGGGGACAACCUGUUACCAUACCACCACAGCCCCCUGAACAUCUCCCUGGACGGCCUCAAGUUCAGCGAGGAUCCCACUGCUGCCACCAACGAAACCAACAAUGAUGACUCGUUCCAUGGCUAUGAGAACAGCCUGGCUAAGAUGGCUGCCGACUGCAACGAGGAUAACAGAGCCAAGCUCCGGCCCGCCCCCAGCCUAGUGGAUGACCUGCUGAGUGAACUCAACAUCUCAGAGAUCCAGAAACUCAAGCAGCAGCUCAUGCAGGUUGAGCGGGAGAAGGUAGCGCUACUUUCCUCUCUGCAGGAGGCCCAGAAGCAGCUAGAGGUGGCCCACGGGACUCUGUCUGAGCAGCAGGAGAUAGUAGGACGUCUCACCGAGAACCUCAGCGCCAUGAGGAAACUCCAGGCCAGCAAGGAGCGCCAUUCGGCCCUGGACAGCGAGAAGGAGCGUGACAGCCGUGACGAUGGUGACGGGGACUACUACGAGCUGGACAUCAACGGGCCUGAGAUCCUGCAGUGUAAGUACACUGUGGCUGUGUCCGAGGCCGGGGAGCUCAGACAGGAGCUUAAGACUCUUAAAGCAGAGUACCAGUCAUGCCGGAGCCAGUACGAGGAGGAGCGAGCCCGCCUGGAGAGCGACGUGGCAGGGCUGAGCGAGAAGCUAGCUUCCCUGGAGAAGAGCAGCCGGGUGGAGCACGAGGAGAUGGAGCGCCUGGAGAAGGACCUGCGGCGGGUGAGCGAGGCGGCGGGCGAGUCGCAGGGCAGUCUGAACGUGGCGCAGGACGAACUGGUGGUGUUCAGUGAGGAGCUGGCCAACCUCUACAACCACGUGUGCAUGUGCAACAACGAGACGCCCAACCGGGUCAUGCUCGACUACUACAAGGAGGGCAAGGCCAGCGUAGGUGGCGGGGGCGGCCGGGAGGGGAAAGGACGACGUCUGUCCCACGUUCUGCUCUCCAACGGGCUGGUCCCUGAAACUGACCCCAGUAAACCUGAAGCCAGUGACCCAGCCGCCUCAGCCCCAGUCUCAGCCCCAGUUUCAGCCCCAGAAUCCCGCCCAGAGCCUAUGAACAUCUAUAACCUGGUGGCCAUCAUCAGGGACCAGAUCCGUCACCUGCAGCAGGCGGUGGACCGCACCACAGAGCUGUCCCGCCAGAGGAUGGCCACCAUGGAGCUGAGCACCUUGGCUGAUAAAGACAGCGAGGCCUGCAUGGGGGAGAUCCUCAAACUCAAGUCCCUCCUCAGCACCAAGAGGGAGCAGAUCGCCACCCUGAGGACCGUGCUCAAAGCCAACAAACAUACGGCUGAGGUGGCGCUGGCCAACUUGAAGAGUAAAUACGACAACGAGAAGACCAUGGUGAGGGAUACCAUGUUGAAGCUCCGCAACGAACUGAAGGCUCUGAAAGAAGACGCUGCCACCUUCUCCUCACUACGGGCCAUGUUCGCAACAAGGUGUGAUGAGUACGUAACUCAGCUGGAUGAGAUGCAGAGACAGCUGGUUGCAGCGGAGGAUGAGAAGAAGACCCUGAACUCCCUGCUCCGCAUGGCCAUCCAGCAGAAGCUGGCCCUGACCCAGCGUCUGGAGGACCUGGAGUUUGAUCAUGAACAGGCGCGCCGUGGCGGGGUUACAGGAGCAGCGACGAGCAGUCGGGGCAAGACCUCCUCGUUGGCGCGGGGCAAAAGGGCCUCGGCCAAUCAUCAUACAGCUUCCAUGACCAGCUGCUGGAGGACAGUCGGUUCCUUAGGGCAGACUGUCGCCUGGACACAGAACUAGUGGAUAAACUCAUCCUGCAGCUCAACAGGAUCUAUCCACAGAUCCUCACAGACAAGGAGGCCACCAAAUUUAGGGACCUUGAUGUGCCCACCUGCAUCCGACUGGCCGAGCUCCUGGCUCACCUGCAGGGGAAAGGUGAAGAGGCCUGCCGGGAGUUCUAC